UACUAUUUUAGGAUUAUUCAUAAAAAGUAGAUACUUUUCGUAAACGAAUUUGCACAAUUGUGUGAUAUAUAAAAAUAAUUUUUUAGUGAUAAAUACAAUUAACAUGAGAUAAUGUGAGAUCUUACAUAUAAGAGAUUAUAAACUUGCCGACGAGAUCCUGUACUUGAUUUUUAACGUGACACACAAAUUGGUCUUUAUAACACACAUAUACAUAAACUGUUUGCCUUAUAUAUGAACUUCUGACUAGAAAGUUACAGUAUUAUAUACGUCAAGACAAGUUUGCAAUCGAAUUUGAAAUAAGAUUGAAUGGUUAGAUCAACGAAGCUUAAUGCUUAUGCAGAUGGAAAAUUAUUUGUAUCACCUCUAAUAUAACUGUACGUUAUAAUUUUGAUAAUAUUACCAACUACAUUUAUAAAAAAGCAAUGACAUCUGAAUAUCGUACGUAACAUAAAAAUGUGGACAAUUUAAUGGUCUACUAAGAAAAUAUAAAUUUAAAGGAUAUCUGAAAUCUGGAAACAUUGCAUCCUGAUUGGUACCUACCACAUUCAUGAAAAAGGUGUGCAUCUUAUAAGAAACAUGCCUCUGUUCGGAAAGUCUCAAAAAAGUCCGGCGGAGGUGGUAAAGGCUCUCAAGGAAGCAGUAAAUGCAUUGGAGCGGGGUGAUAAGAAGGUAGAAAAGGCUCAAGAGGAUGUCAGCAAAAAUCUUGUACACAUAAAAAAUAUGUUAUAUGGAACUGCUGAAACUGAACCACAGGCAGAUAUUGUUGUGGCUCAAUUGGCACAAGAAUUAUAUAACAGUAACUUAUUGUUAUUGCUUGUGCAAAAUCUAAGUCGUAUUGACUUUGAGGGAAAAAAAGAUGUUGCUCAAGUUUUUAAUAAUAUUUUAAGAAGACAAAUUGGAACAAGAUCUCCAACAGUGGAAUAUAUAUGCACCAAACCAGAAAUCCUGUUUACUCUUAUGUCUGGUUAUGAGCAUCAAGACAUUGCAUUAAACUGUGGCACUAUGUUAAGAGAGUGUGCAAGAUAUGAAGCAUUGGCAAAAAUUAUGAUAUAUUCAGAUGAUUUUUACAAUUUCUUCAGAUAUGUAGAGGUGUCUACAUUUGAUAUAGCAUCUGAUGCGUUUUCUACAUUUAAGGAAUUACUUACAAGGCACAAAAUUCUAAGUGCUGAGUUUCUAGAAGUUAAUUAUGAUAAAGUUUUUUCUCAUUAUCAAAGGUUAUUGAAUUCUGAAAAUUAUGUAACAAGACGACAAAGUUUGAAAUUGCUGGGUGAGCUUUUGCUUGAUAGACACAAUUUUACAGUUAUGACACGAUAUAUUUCAAACCCCGAUAAUCUAAAACUUAUGAUGAAUAUGCUUAAAGAAAAAUCACGAAAUAUACAAUUUGAAGCAUUUCAUGUAUUUAAGGUAUUCGUUGCUAAUCCAAAUAAACCUAAACCAAUCCUUGAUAUACUUCUUCGUAAUCAGGAAAAGUUGAUAGAAUUUCUAACGCGCUUCCACACAGAUCGUUCGGAAGAUGAACAGUUUAAUGAUGAGAAAGCGUACCUAAUAAAACAGAUCAAAGAACUUAAGUCUGUACAUGAAAAUUAAGUCAAAAAUACAACUACUGCUACAGCUACUGUUAUUAUUACAAUCAACUCUAUUGCUACUACUGCUAUUCUACUAUUA